AUGAAAGUGAUAAGUACAAAUGGCGAAGACCGCGAGAUCAAAGAUGUUAUUGCGGAUAUUCCACGAUUUUGCUAUAGAUACAACUUAUCAGACCUUGCGAACUCCCUUCUUACAACUGAUAAAGGAUGGGGAUGUUGCUUUAGAUCAACACAAGGAUUACUUUGCCAAUAUAUUCUAAAAUUACAUAGAAAGUUUCGUUCAUUGUAUGACCAAGUUUUUGGACAAAAUGUAAAUCCAUUGGAUUUAUUUUUGGAUAUACCAUCUGCACCAUUUGGAAUCCAGAAUCUAACAAAAAAUGCUUUUGCUAUUGGAUUACCAGUCGGCGAAUGGGCAAAACCAUCAAUUAUGGCAGCUACAAUAAAAUUAAUUUUUGACACAUUAAAUUUGAGCUGUAUAAUCUCACAAGACUUAACAUUAGAUUCUAAUGAUAUCAAACAUACUAAAUAUCCAGCAUUGAUACUAAUUCCGAGUUUAUUUGGAUUAUCAAAGAUGGAUGAUUCCUAUUUAUCAUUCCUUUUACUAUGCUUAUGCAUUGAAUCAUCACUUGGCUUCGUUAGUGGCCAGAAUGCAUCAGCUUAUUACUUUGUUGGCUUUGAUUUAGAAGAUUUUUAUUAUUUCGACCCACAUGUUACAAAAGAAGCCGUAGUCAGUCCUCCUUACGAUUCAUUCUUUGAUUUGGAAUUGAAAUCCAUGAAGAAAGAAAGUAUUAAUCCUUCAGUUUUACUGGGAUUUUAUUGUGACGGAUCAAUUGACGAUCUAAUCAUGCAGCUUACAGGAUGUAUAAAAUCACCUAUCAGUGUGAUUGAAAGAGAAAAUCUUGAUGAUAUUCUUAAUAGCGUUAUCGAGAUCGAGUAG